AUGGGCGCUUUUAUUAGAACAACUGAGGAAAAUUUAUUUAUCUCUGAUUCCCAGAGUCUCAGUGAAAAUGAUGAGUUUGAGGAUGUUCCAUAUUGCGAUAGUUCUAUAAAGUCUCAUUCUGCCAAACUCGUGAAACAAGACAUUUCAAAGUACAAUCAUUCGUUAAAACAGCAUUCAAGGCUCGCCACGAACAAACCUUGGCAUCCACAUAAUUUGCGCAAAAUUGGUCCUGACUCGAGUUGGUUGAUGCCAAUAGGCCGCCUUCCUCAUAUUGAAGCAGGAAUAAUGUGGACAGGUGUCUACAGACGCAUGCCUAUAAUGAUAUUUUCAGCCAAAUCUAUGAUAACACAGAGUGAUUCUGUUCGCUAUCUCGGCGAGGCAUUUUCCAUGACCUACAAAUUGAUCCGUACUGAUUGUAAACUAUUAAAACGAUUGCUUCAUUCUCAUGGCUUUCAAGAAUCUUCCUUUGUUUCAGCAGAGUACAAUAUUUUGUGGUCGGGCUGUCAUUUAAAGCCUUUUCAAUUGCGCUACCUUUCCUUUUUUCAUAAAGUCAACCACUUCCCUCGUUCCUAUGAAUUAACAAGGAAAGACAGAUUGGCCAAAAACAUACAAAAAAUGCAGCAACUAAAAGGAACCCGUCAUUUUGAUUUACUACCUCAUAGUUAUAUACUUCCAGCUGAGUUUCAAGAUUUCUGUUCAUAUUAUUCGAAAGACAAGGGUCCAUAUAUUGUAAAGCCCAUUGCCUCAUCUCGUGGAAGAGGAAUUUAUCUUUCUUCACACCCUGACCAGCUUCCACUUGACGAGCCAGCUAUCGUUUCAAAAUAUAUUUCUAAUCCUCUUCUCAUUGAUGGAUUUAAAUUUGAUCUUCGCUUAUAUGUCGCUGUCACUUCCUAUGAUCCUCUUUGUAUAUACGUGUAUGAGGAGGGUCUGGCAAGAUUUGCUACUGUCAGGUAUCAAAAUGGAGCAAAGUUUAUGAAUUAUCAGUGCAUGCAUCUUACAAAUUAUAGUGUCAACAAAAGGAAUCAGGAUUUUGUGCAAAAUGACAAUGCAGAUAUUGAAGAUUUCGGUAAUAAAUGGUCACUUGGCGCUUUAUUGAGAUAUCUUAGAGAUGAGCAUAAAGAUAUAACUGGUCUUAUGAUGAGGAUAGAAGAAAUUAUUAUUAAAGCAUUUAUAUCAGUCGAAAUGCCAAUCAAUGCUGCGUGCAAUCUGAUUCAAGGUCAUAAAACUAAUUGUUAUGAGCUCUAUGGUUUCGAUAUAAUCGUUGAUGACAAGCUACGACCUUGGCUUUUAGAAGUAAGUAUAGUUACUCUAGUCUAUGUAAUUUUACCUAUUUGA